AUGUCGGUAAGAAAUCGUACGGCACCCGGUCUCGACAGAAUAAGACCAGAACACCUGAAGAGCCUUCCGCCAGUACUCAUCAACACCUUGGCGAGGCUCUUUACACGUUAUCUGUCGGAAUGCAAGGUUCCUAAACAGAGGAAGACCAGCAAGACCGUGUUGUUGUAUAAAAAGGGAGAUCCACAUGACAUCGGCAACUAUCGUCCAAUCUGCCUACUGUCUGUCAUCUACAAGCUCUUUACAAGAGUGAUCCUUAAAAGGAUUGAAAAAGUCUUGGAUGAAGCGCAUCCAUGCGAGCGAGCAGGGUUUCGAAAAGGAUUCAGCACGAUUGAUCACAUUCACACUGUUUCGAAACUCACCGAGGUAUCACGAGAGUACAAGAUGCCGCUCUGUCUCACCUUCAUCGACUUGAAGGAGGUCUUCGACUCAGUUGAGAUGGAAGCGGUCGUAGAAGCCUUGGACAACCAGGGCGUCCCUACUCAGUACAUAAAGCUGAAUCUCCAAAAAACGAUGUUCAUGCUCAACGGAUGGGUCUCGGAUCCCCCAUUUACGCUCAAGGGACCGAACAUAUCCGAAUGCAUCUGGUACGUAUAUCUGGGUCGGGAAUUGAACAUGAUGAACGACCUGACCCCUGAGCUGGGCAGGAGGAGACCAGCGGCUUGGGGAGCGUACAAGAGCAUCGAGGAUGUAGUGAAGAAGACCAGGAACAUCCGGCUCCGUGCUCACCUCUUCAACACCACCGUACUUCCUGCUUUGACCUAUGCUUCGGAAACCUGGGCAUUUCGCAAGCAGGAAGAAAACGCGGUGAGCGUCAUUGAACGCGCAGUUGAGAGAGUGAUGCUAGGAGUAUCCCGUUUCACGCAAGUGAGGGACGGGAUUCGAAGUUCUCUCCUACGUCAACGAUCGAAGAUUAGAGACGCCGUCGCGUUUGCCAAGGAAAGUAAAAUAAGGUGGGCCGGACACGUGAUGCGCUUUAGCGACAACCAUUGGACCAGGGCCGUGAGCGACCAGGUUCCCCGCGAUAUUAAGCGCACUACAGGAAGACCGCCGACCCGAUGGUCAGAUUUCUUCACGAAGUCCGUCAGAGAAAAGUAUGAUGCUCUUCGUGCCCCACGCAAAAGGAGGAACCACUGGGCUACUCUGGCACGCGAUCGGGACAAAUGGAAGAAUUAUUGGCGCCCGCUCGACCAGUUCGAAGAUCAACGAGAGUCAAGGUGA